AUGUCCAACGAGUUUCGCUCAAGCGAGUGUAUCGAACCGGCUGAGAGAGGUCCGCGUGAGGCCGGUCCUCCAUUCAGCGAUGAAGACGCCGAUCUUAUCCUCCGCUCCUGCGACGGCGUCGACUUCAGGGUGCACAAACUGUUCCUGAUUAAGGCUUUCCACACUUUCGACGAUAUGCUGCGUGGUACCGAUGAAGCACAUAGCCUGCAUGCGCCAGACCAGGAGUUCAAAGACGGGUUGGCCGUCGUGACCAUGACAGAGUCUCAUCGCAUCCUAGACCGUCUCCUCCGCCUGCUAUACGUCGUGGGAAAGCCCGACCUCGAUAGCUUGAGUGACCUGCGCGCGGUUUGCAUCGCGCUCGACAAGUACUGCGUGCGCAGCUUUCCGGCGCUUGUUGCAGACGCACUUUCCCGCGCGACGCAAGAGCACCCUGAGAUCGUAUUCGCCAUCGCCUGCCGCUGUUGUCUGGCGGACAUCGCACAUAGGGCCGCGACCGUCACAUUACGUCUGCCGCGGCAGCUCAUCCCAGUGCCAUACGAGGACGUAGAGUUUGUCCGCGUUGGACACUAUCACGCGCUUGUGAUCUAUCAGGCCGAAUGCCUAGCAGCUGCGCGUACGGCGACGGCUACCAUCAUAUCCGGCAUUGGAAAAAACAGCAUCCCUGGAGCGUCGAAUGUCGGUACUGCUCCACCGCGCUCAUGCCGCUGUCGCCGCCUACAGCGCCCUAUGCGUCAAAGUGCUGUCAUGCUGCCUACCUGGCUCGUGGAUUACCUCGCCGAAGUGUCGAACCACCUGAAGGAGGAGAUCGCUGGGACAGUGGCCACAAAGCCGCGCUUGCACAUCUCGACGCUCGAGUCGGCCAGUAUCUGCGAUUACUGCACCAAUACGAAACAGAAGUUCGUGUCGUUCACUGAGGCGUUGUCGAGGCAUAUAGACUAUGAAGUGUCGAAGGUUCGAAUGCGUCUUGGUGGACUUGAUUGA